CCAAUAAAAACAAGCCGCAGCAGCUGCAGCGACGACCCUAUCGCUCUAGCUACGGCCGGGCAGGUGGGCAUGCAUGCACUUGCACCGCAGCUCUAGCUCAGCUAGCUUAAUUAGCUAGUGGAUUGCUGCGACCAUGGCGUCUUCAGCUAGCGGCGGCGCCGCCGACGGCGGCGGCCGCUCGUCACCACCUGCUGCCGAGGCUCCUCGGGCGGUGGUGGACAACCUGAUCGACCUGCGUGAGCGAGCGGAGAUGCUCCGGAACAUGCUGCAGGGGUCGCCCACGCCGCCGGGAACGCCCGCGGACGCCGCACCUGGGACCAGCGAGCUGAUAGACGGGAUCAUGAGCAGCCUGUCGAGCGCGCUGUCGGCAGCUCUGGACACCACCGCCGGCGGCAGCCAUGGACAGGGCCGGAGGAGGAGGAGAGCUGGCGCGGUGACCGGCUCUGGACCGCAGCGCCGGAGCAGCACCACCAGGAGAAGGUCGCACAGCCCCUUCUUGAGGACAGUCACUACAAGUACGCUCGAUGAUGGCAACUCAUGGAGAAAGUACGGCCAAAAACAUAUUCAAGACUCGCCUAAUAACCCAAGGAGCUACUAUAGGUGCACUCACAAGCCAGACCAAGGGUGCAAGGCGACCAGGCAGGUCCAGGCCUCCGAUGACAACCCGUCCGAGUUCGUCAUCAACUACUUCGGCCAGCACACCUGCCGGGACCCCUCCACGAUCCCGCUCGUCAUCGAGGCCGCCGCUCCGCCCGACGACUGCGCAAAUCUCAUCAGCUUCGGGUCCACCAUGGGCGCAUCCACGACCACGCACGCCGUUCCUCCCCAACGACCCCAAGCCUUUGAUCCGGCGAUGUUCGUCUCUCGCUUGGUCGGGCACAGCUCCUCUCUGCCGGCGCAGGACUACUACCGCUGCGGCAGCGAGGAGGUGCACAGCAGCAGCUCAGCGCCGGCCGGGGAGCUGGCCGCCGUGGUGGGAUCAGCUGGGAUGGCCUCGUCGGCCACCGUGGUGGGGUCAGCACCGGCGGAGUGCUGGCCGGGAGGGACCGGCGGCGGCGACAUGGCUUGUGGCCAUGGCGCAGGCAGCUUCCCGUCGUCCCCUAGCAGCCUCGGGUUCAUGACCGGCUCGUUUGGAUCCUUUGGGAACGCCGGGGAGGACGACAUGUUUGGCUUCGAUCCCUGACAAUGGCUGAUGCAUGCAUGCGUCCAUAUAUGCAUGGCUAAUGACGACAAGUUUGCAAUUUGCAUGCAUGCACUAGUUGCACAACUAGUAGUGGUAGCAAUGAGUAGAUUGAUAUCCACAUGCAUAGAUGUGUAAUGGUUAAUACAAUAAAGGCUAGCUACCUCCGAUCCAGUAGUAGUUCAUCUGAACAGGGUUUGAUUUCUACAUAUGUAUAUUUGCUGAAAUAUAUAGAUGUAUUGUGUUGUAAUAUAAUGCCUCAUUUUGUGCAUCUGUACAUUAUGUGCAUGUGAUUGUAUGAUCCUGAAAAUGUAGUGACUAUUCCAAAAAUCCAAAGCAGG